UGUCUUCUUCAUCGGCGGGAGGGAGGGAGAGGGAGAGGGGCUGACGUUACCCCCCGCACAGAUCAUCAAUCAAACCGGAGCGAGCUCGCGUCAAUUCCACCAAGGCGCGCAUUAAUCAGAUUGGAGUCGCGGCCUGAGUCGCUCCGCCCGCGACCACCCCUCGGAUCGACCCGGAGGUCGGAGGAGGCGCGCGCGGGCAGCGGACUCCUCCCCUGGACCGGCAAGCGGCAUCGGCGAUGCCGCACGAGCGGGGCGGGGCGCCGCCCGCCGUCCCCGCCCCCGCCCCCGAGGAGGACGCGCUGUUUAUCGAUUUACUACAUGAAGCUCCCCUGUCUGGCCAUCGAGAGCCUAGGAGCAUAGUCAGUGGCACCUUGUACUGUAUAUUGUUGGUAGGUUAUGCUGCUGUGUGUGUGUCAGCUCCAUGGAUAUUUCUUCGUGUACCAGGCAUGAUCCCUCCAUUGCUAUGCAGCUCCAAUGUUAUCCUUCUGCUUCUUACAGGCAUUUUUCAACAAUAUUGGGUUCACCAGGUCAGGAAAGUAAGGUUGCAGGGCUAUUACGAUUUUAGCCAGAAACUGAAGCACAUUGCUCGACUUCCAUUUGCCACUAUUGCUUAUGGCACUGCUUUAAUGCUCUUACUCAUAAUCUGGCAACCUUUUGUACAUAUACUAUCAAUUUCACUGUUACUAAGGAUUGCUAUCGUGGUUGAAGCGACAUUUGCUGGAUGCUUUAUGAGCUUAUACAUAUGGUAUAUCCAUAAGUACAACUCUUUGGAUGGGCGGCCUGAUAUCUUGCAGUCAUUAUAUUCUGCACUUCAACCAUCUACUACGACUUUGGAAGAUCGAAGAUAUUAUGAUGGCCGUCUCUCUGACCAGCAGAUGGCAUUACUUCAAUACCAAAGGGAGAAUAUUCAUUACCUGAGUGAGGAGGUGCUGCGCUUGCAAGAAUGUUUGAGCAAAUACCAGAGAACUGAUGUUGGGAACACUCCUCAGGUUGAUCUUGUCCAUCUUUUAGCAUCUCGUGACCAAGAACUUCGAGCACUCUCCGCCGAGAUGAAUCAAGUGCACUCAGAGCUUCAGCUUGCUCGUGGCUUGAUUGAUGAAAAGGACUCGGAGAUCCAGCGUAUUCGUUUGAGCAACAGUCAGUAUGUUGAAGAAAAUGAUAGACUCAGAGCUAUUCUUGGAGAAUGGAGUUCUCGAGCCGCAAAGCUUGAACGGGCACUGGAGGCAGAGCGACUGUCAAACAUUGAACUGCGGAAGAACAUUGCAAAAUUCCGAGGGCAAUUGCAUAAGGAGCAACACGUCUGAUUCCCCUGUUCUAGGAAUAGAAUAGAUUCAUCUGGUGGUGUGUAAUAGCUGGUUAGCAACUCUUCACCUGCCGACGGUUUCGCCCAGGACAACUGACCAAAGAUAAUCAUCCCAUGUGAGGUCUUAGAACUCCAGGAGCAUCAGCAGUUUCACUAAAAUUGUAACGUAGUACAGGAUCAGUAUGCUGCCUGAUAUAUGCAUCUGAAAGAAGGAAUAGGCGUAUGUGGCAGCUCUUGUGAAUGCACAGUGUGAUGUAUAAAUCUGAAAAGAGUUGGUUAAUGCCUUAAUGGAUUAUGGGGGAUUUAGCA